AUGAAACGCAUUAGCCCUCUAAACACCGUUUUUUAUUUAAGUUUAUUUUUUUCAUACACAUUUAAAGGGUUAAAAUGCACCAGAAUAUAUAAAAUCGGAACGAAAGCGUUACCAUGUUCUGAGUGUCACGAUAUAUUUGAUUGUACUGGAUGUUUAUUCGAAGAAAAAGAGUCUUCCCAUGUGAUACCUUUAAAAUUAAACAAGAAGAAACCAACUGAUCAUAAAAAAUUACAAAAACAUCAUGAGUCUCUAAAAUUGGGGGACGUAAAAUAUUAUGUAAAUAGAGGAGAAGGAAUAUCCGGAAGUUUAGGAACUUCAUCUGGUAAUACAUUAGAUGAUAUGGAUUUAAUAAAUGAAGAAAUAAAUAAAAAACGAACAAGUACACAAUUAGAUGAGAAAAACUUUUUAGAUUUUACUAAGUAUAAUAAAAAUAAUAAAGCACAUGAUAUAUCUGACCAUUUAUCUGAAAUUCAGAAACAUGUGUAUGAACAAGAUGUUGAAAAGGGGAAUAAUACUUAUAAAAAUGAUAAAUAUAAUACAAAUAAUAAAUAUAAUACAAAUGAUAAAUAUAAUACAAAUAAUAAAUAUAAUACAAAUAAUAAAGACAAUCCAAGUGACAGUUCGAUUGAAAAGAAUUUUAUUGCUUUAGAAAAUAAAAAUGCUACAGUAGAAAAAACACAAGAAAAUGUUUUUCUAGUACCCUUAAAACAUUUAAGAGAUAGUCAGUUUGUAGGUGAAUUAUUAGUUGGUACCCCCCCUCAAACUAUAUAUCCAAUAUUUGAUACAGGAAGUACAAAUGUAUGGGUAGUGACAACAGCUUGUGAAGAAGAGUCUUGUAAAAAGGUUCGAAGAUAUGAUCCUAAUAAAUCAAAAACGUUUAGAAGAUCAUUUAUAGAAAAAAAUUUACACAUUGUCUUUGGAUCUGGUUCUAUAUCCGGUUCUGUGGGUACAGAUACAUUUAUGUUAGGAAAGCAUAGAGUAAGAAAUCAGACAUUUGGAUUAGUCGAGAGUGAAUCAAGUGAUAAUAAAAAUAAUGUAGAUAAUAUAUUUGAUUAUAUAUCCUUUGAAGGUAUAGUAGGUUUAGGAUUUCCAGGUAUGUUAUCAGCUGGCAAUAUACCAUUUUUUGAUAAUUUAUUAAAACAGAAUCCAAAUGUGGAUCCUCAAUUUUCUUUUUAUAUAUCUCCUAAUGAUGGCAAGUCAACAUUAAUAAUUGGUGGAAUUAGUAAAUCGUUUUAUGAGGGGGAUAUAUAUAUGUUGCCAGUAUUAAAAGAAUCAUAUUGGGAAGUAAAAUUAGAUGAAUUAUAUAUAGGCAAAGAAAGAAUAUGUUGUGAUGAAGAAAGUUACGUUAUAUUUGACACAGGAACAUCUUAUAAUACAAUGCCUAGUAGUCAAAUGAAAACAUUUUUAAAUUUAAUACAUUCAACUGCAUGUACUGAACAAAACUACAAAGAUAUAUUAAAAUCAUAUCCUAUAAUUAAAUAUGUUUUUGGUGAACUAAUCAUUGAAUUACAUCCAGAAGAAUAUAUGAUUUUAAAUGAUGAUGUAUGUAUGCCUGCCUAUAUGCAAAUAGAUGUACCCUCAGAAAGAAACCACGCAUACUUAUUAGGAAGUUUAUCUUUUAUGAGAAAUUUUUUUACGGUAUUUGUACGAGGCACAGAAAGUAGACCUUCUAUGGUUGGAAUAGCAAGAGCAAAAAGUAGUAACUAA